AUGCCGGGGGCGCCGGGCCCGGGGGCGGUGCCGGCGUUCGUGCGCGGCGAGGCGCUGCGGCAGAUGCAGGAGUUCGCGCCCUCGGACUGCGUGAGGCUGCUGGAGGCGCUCCGGUGCUGGGGCAUCCGCGACCCCGAGCUCACCGACGUCGUCCUCGAGAGGGUGUGCGCGGUGUUCGACCAGCUGCGCUCCGGGGACGUCGUCGGGCUCCUCGUGCUCUCGGCGCAGCUGGGGCUCGCCCGCCGGCGCACGCUGCUGCGCCUGCGGGGCCUCGUGUCCCGGCACCUGGGCAAGUUCUCGCGGGAGGACCUCGUCGCCGUGCUCGGCGCGCUGGCCCGGCUGCGCCUCCUGGAGCAGGGCUUCGCCGAUGAGGCCCUGGGCGCCCUCUCGCCGGGCCUCGGGCGCCUGUCGGGCGCGCGGGUCUCGCAGGUGCUCUUCGCGCUGGCGAUGGCGGACCUGCCCAGCCGCCCGCGCGCGGCCCGCGUGCUCGUGGCCCAGUACGCGCAGGACGACGGCCCCCGGUCCCUCGCUGCAGAGGCGGACGCCGCGUGGGCCAUCUGCGCGCUCGGGCUGGGCGGCCGCUACCAGGAGGUCCUCCGCGCCAUCUUCGCGCGCGUGUGCGGCGCCAGCGAGCCACCUCGGGAGCCGCUGCCGCUGCUGAAGCUCCACGACGCGAUCAAUCAGUGCCGCCGCGGGCGCGCAGUGCGGCGGCGUUGCGGCGUGCGUCCCGGCGGCGUGGCGGGAUGCCUGCGAGGCGGCCGCUGUCCAGGAGGCGCGGCGGCUCGGCGGCACCCGCGCCCACGACGAGGUGGCCGCUUGCCUCGCGCGGCUGCACGAGGCCCCCGGCGUCCUCGCGCCCCUGCUCGGCGGCCCGCUCCGGCCGCAGCGCUGCGCGAGGGCGGGCCCAGCGGUGGUGGACUUCCUCGACGAGGCGACCGGCCUCGUCCAGGGGAACCAAAACGGGGGCGUGAGCAUCCUCCUCCCUUUUCCUCCUCCUCCUUUUUGAUGUCUGUGCCACUUUUUGCCCCCCUGUCGUCGUGGACCUGGAGCUCGUGAGCUGGCCCGUCACGAGGCGCGUCAAGCACGACGUCCUCGCCCGCAUGGGGUACCGCCCGGUCCGCGUGGGGUGCUGGGAGUGGCGGCGCGGCGCCUCGCGGGAGGACAGCGCCGUUCUCUUGGCGAGGAGGGUCGCGAGCGCCCUGGGCGAAAAACAUGAAAAGUAGAA